AUGGCCGAGGUUGUUCCUACGGCAUGCGACGACUGGUCGUUAAAUAAGGACAAGGAAACAAAUAAACUAUUCUGGUGGCAGGGUACAUAUGGUAUUAGUAUUUGGGAUGAGAACUUGAAAGUAGAUGUACCACACGAAGAAGCAACGGAUUUUCAUGUUUGGCAGGCAUUUAUUCGUUUUCAGAUUCAAUCUGUGUAUAAAAUUUGUUCUGUUUGCCAUCAUCCAGAAGGAAAUGAAGAUCUAAUGGUGUGUUGCUAUUGUGGACAGACUGUACAUUUGGGGUGUUCAAAGGAGGCCACGGAAUCUCAAAUGGCUUGGAAACCGGCCAAUAGCGGUUUUGAAGAUUUUCUUCGGGCUUGUUUUCUCUGUGAAGAUGAGUCUAUUCCAGAGAGAACACCUCCUAAGAGAGUGCGUUGUAAUGCACGACGUGGGGUUAUACGAGCAUUAUCCAUUAAGGAAGAAUAUCCAGAAUACAUUCUCUCUGAAAUAGAAUCUAUUGCCAAACAUUCACAAGAACCUCAUUCAGAGGAAGAGGAUGAAUUACUAAUGGCAUCCUUACGACGUGUUGUCACAAAAUUUUUUCAAUCUCCCGCAUCAUGUGAGUUCCUGACAACAGAAACUCGACCAGAAAAGGGAGGAGGUAUUGGUGUCGUGGCUGCGGAGGAUAUUCCCGCCUACACUGUCCUUGGAGUCUACCCAGGGUAUUUAGAUGUGUUGAGUGGUGAACAAUCCAAUCAAGGUCGACCUGUUCCUAAAUAUGCUCUAAUGACUCUUAACUGCGCAGAUUAUUUUAACGUAGUAUUUGAGGAAUUACAGGGUACGUUUACACCGUUUAUUAAUGAACCUGCAGAGACAGAAGAAAGUAACUGUGGUUGGAUACAAGAAACGAAGUAUCAUGAUGGACGACUUAGCGUUAUGACUAUACGUGACAUUAAAAAAGGGGAAGAACUUCUUAUCGGCUAUGGUCCGCUGUAUCCUCGUUCGUACCCAUAUAAAUAUGAUGCUUUAACUUUUCACAAGGUUGAUACUGAUCACGAAUCUACUUGUUUUGCAUUAUGGCGUUUGUUAUCAAUAAAUGAAAAUGAUGCAAAAUUAAUGUGUUACGUUGGCUACAAUUCAUCCAGUGAUUCUUACUAUUUAUGGGAACAGGUAGAAGGGAACUGA